ACAAAAAAUAAAAGGAAAGAAAGAGGGAAAAAGCCACCAUUUCUUCUUUUUAACCCUCGGUCUCUACUCCUUUUCCACCGGCGCCGACGACUCCGUCCUUGUCGAGGCCAGGCUCUGCAGACCCUGCACCUAGAUAUUUUUGAUUUCCUUGUCAGCAUGACCUCGAGCUUGAGAGCAAACACAGAGCUAUCCCAAUGUUUUGCAUCUUCUGUUAGACCCUAUGACCAGAAGGCCUAUGUCACCCAACAGUAUCCAUGCAAAGGCACAAAAAAUUGCUUUUCAAAGAGGUUUUCACUGCUAAGGAUGGCUGCAGGAAAAGUGGCAGCAAGAAGAACAAGGAACACUAGCCUUAUAUCCUCGAUGUCAAAGAAUAAUUAUGGUGAAAGUGCUGACAUGGCUGAUAGUCUUACAUAUAAGGAUGCUGGUGUUGACAUAGAUGCUGGCUCAGAACUAGUUAAAAGAAUUGCAAAGAUGGCUCCAGGGAUUGGUGGCUUUGGAGGUCUUUUCCCUCUUGGUGACUCAUACCUUGUUGCUGGUACUGAUGGUGUGGGAACUAAACUCAAGCUUGCAUUUGAAACUGGAAUCCAUGAAACUAUUGGGAUUGAUCUGGUUGCGAUGAGUGUGAAUGACAUAGUUACCUCUGGGGCUAAACCAUUGUUUUUUCUUGAUUACUUUGCCACAAGCCACCUUGAUGUUGACCUUGCUGAGAAGGUUAUAAAAGGAAUUGUUGAUGGUUGCCAACAAUCUGACUGCGUUCUUCUUGGGGGAGAGACAGCAGAGAUGCCAGAUUUCUAUGCAGACGGUGAAUAUGACCUCAGUGGUUUUGCGGUUGGUGUGGUAAAAAAGGAUUCAGUUAUUGAUGGGAAAAAUAUUGUUCCUGGAGAUGUCCUCAUCGGUCUGCUAUCUAGUGGAGUUCAUUCCAAUGGUUUUUCUCUUGUUAGAAGGGUUCUGUCCAGAAGUGGCCUUUCUCUGAAGGACCAACUUCCUGGUGAGGCUAUUACAUUAGGUGAAGCUUUGAUGGCCCCAACUGUCAUUUAUGUUAAGCAGGUGCUUGAUUUUAUCAGCAAGGGAGGGGUGAAGGGGAUAGCGCACAUCACAGGUGGCGGUUUUACUGACAACAUACCUCGAGUAUUUCCCAAAGGCCUUGGAGCUGUGAUCUAUAAGGACUCCUGGGAAGUCCCAUCUGUAUUCAAAUGGAUCCAAGAGGCUGGCCAAAUAGAGGAUGCUGAGAUGAGGCGGACAUUCAAUAUGGGUAUUGGGAUGGUUCUGGUUGUCAGUCCAGAGGCAUCUCUCAGAAUACUUGGAGAUGGAAAUGGAGCUUAUACAGCAUACAAAAUCGGAGAGGUUGCAGUUGGUGAAGGAGUGAGAUAUGGCUGAAAAAAAAACUCAAAAGCAGUACACCUGCUACCCUGAGAUACUCCUUUUGCAUCUGUUCAAUGAGAUAAAAUAUAAAGUUGAGUUGUGGCUCAUCUUUUUGCUGUUCUUCCUCUUAACAAUUUUGAUAUUUAAACUUCUCAGAUGCAGUGGACUAGAUUCAUAAGGCCAUGCAGAUUAUGUUGUAAUGUAUAUUGACUUUGGCUCAAAUGUUCUUUACUAAUGGCUGAGUUUCAAUGAUUAUCUUAUGGUUCCAUAGAUAUGGAAUCGAUUUCAUUAA